ACGCCUCAGAGAAGGACCCCCUUGGCCGACAUGCAUUCCCGCUCGCCUUUCUACGGGCGCAGCGCGAUCCGGAGCGCGCACAGCGGCGAUGACGCCCGCUCGGGCGGGCUGCGCUCCUGGGCGACCUCGCCGUCCGUCACCUUCUCGCUCCUCCUCAGCCGCUUCGACGAGCGCUUCCCCAGGGGCAUCGCCACCGAAGGCCUGGAAGGCAGCGCCACGUUCAACCAGGAGGACGAGGAGGAGCUCGCCGUCGAGGAAGAGGAGUCCACCGAGUCCGAACCGGAGCCCGAGCCCAUGGAGGAGGAAUUUGAUGGUGUGCUGACUGAAGAAAUGACUGCUGAAGCCCUGCAAAAAUUGGGGCGUUCAGCCCCGGGCACAGAACAUGUCUACCUCGAUCUGUCACUUUCGGACCGCAAAUUAAGUGACAUUAGCAUUCUCUGCAGAUACGUCCACCUUGAGAAGCUAGAUCUUUCUUACAAUAAAAUUGAUGAUAUUUCAUGUGUGAGUUACAUGCCUUACUUGUUGGACCUGAACGUUUCCCAUAAUGAACUAACCACAUACUUUGACUUCAAACCACCCAAGAAUCUUCAAGUAGCAGAUUUUUCGCACAACAAGAUCCAAGCGAUGCAAGAUCUUUCUGCCUACCAGUCACUUAAGAAGCUCAUACUUGACGAUAACGAAAUUGAGGAGAUCCAGGGCCUUGAGAAUUGCCAGUCCCUGACCUACCUGAGCCUGGCAGACAACAAGAUCACAGCCAUCAAUGGCCUGAAAAACCUGCCCAUCAAAACACUCUGUCUGAAAUCAAACCAGAUAGCGAAGGCUGUUGGCUUGGAAGAACUGAAAGUUCUGCAGAAGUUGGACUUGUCUGACAAUCAGAUCAGCAGUUUGGAAGGUCUGGAAGAGCACAACCUGCUUGAGGAAAUCAACCUUGAAGACAACCGGGUGGCUGAGCUGGGUGAACUGGAAUAUUUUGAAUCCCUGCCUCUCCUCAGAGUGCUUAAUUUGAUAAACAACCCUGUGCAGGAACACAAGGAUUAUUGGCUCCUGGUCAUUUUCAUGCUGCUUCGACUCACAGAGCUGGAUCAUAAGAAAAUCACCGUGCAAGAAAAGGUUGCUGCUGUCAACAAGUACGACCCUCCUCCCGAAGUGGUGGCUGCCCAGGAUCACAUGACCCAGAUCAUGUAUAGCAUGAUCCAGCCGCAGCGGAUUUUUGACAGCACCUUACCCAGCCUCGAUGCUCCCUAUCCCAUGCUGGUGUUGACCGGACCCCUGGCCUGCUGGAAGCGAGAACUUUGCCACAGGCUCUGCAGAAAAUUCAACAACUAUUUCAGAUACAGUCCCUGCCACACCACGAGGACUGCUUAUUUUGGAGAAGAAAACAGAUUAGAUUACUAUUUUGUUUCCCAGGAAGAGUUUGACAAAAUGGUGACCAUGGGGAAAUUCAUUGCAACUUUUAAGUACAGCGGCUUCUACUACGGAAUGGGCCGGGACACAAUCGAGUCCAUCGCUAGGGAGGGACUUGCAACCUGCAUUCAUAUGGAAAUAGAGGGUGUUAGAAGCUUGAAGAAUUCCUACUUCCAACCUCGGUACAUCCUACUGAUCCCAGUGAACAAAGAGAGAUACGGGGGUCAGCUGCGACGGAUGGGGCUGUUCAGUAGGGCAGAGAUCGAAGAAGCAGUCCGCAGGGUGGGCAUGUACAUUCAACUGAACCAGGACUUCCCAGGGUUCUUUGACGCGGUCAUCAACGUUGACGAUUUUGACGAAGCAUUCACCAAUCUGAGCAAACUCAUCGAGGAGUUCCUGGGGAUAAAGCAGCCGUCGGAAACUGAGGUCAAAGGUUCUGCAUCGGACACCAAUCUCCUUUCAGUUCCAAACGGGAUGCUCACAGUGCCUCCGAAAACAGCAUCUGUCAAAGGAACCGAUGGGGUAGCGCCAUCACCCACUCCCAGUGAGUUUUUGGACUCAUCGGCCAAAAAUUACUCGGCUGUCAUAUCGGCCAGACUUUCAGCAGAGAAAACACCAGUGGAGGAGGCUUCUCUUCAGAGGCGGCAGCAGACAGCCAAGCAGGGACUGACAGGGAAGGCUGUGAGUUCGUAUAGCCAGCUGUUUCAGAGCUAUUUUGACGGCACCUCCGCAGCAGUUGGCUUAUCACAUGCUCGGUUUUUGGAACCCCCAUCUCAGGUUUCGAUCUUGUCGCCUAGAAAAGACAGCAGCCCAGAUCGUGGUGUCCCACCAGCUAGCCCAGACCGAAGAUCAAGUAAAACAAAAAAUCAGUCCUGCCCCAGAGAGGCCCACGGCACACCAAGAUAUUCGCUCAGCCUUUCGCCGGGAGCACUUUCAUCUAAAAGCGCAGCUUCUCAGCUGCCGCCCGCUGCCCCUGUUCCGUCAGCCGAGGAGAUGGAUGAGGCGACCCUUUCUCCCGAGUCCAAAGAGAAGAAAGCACCCAAGCCCAAGCCUCCUCCUCCCGCCGUCCGCCAACUCGUAGACCGUCCAGGUUCCAACACCAAGCCAGUACUCCCUCCCAUUCCGUCCGGGAGGAAAAGAAACAAACCUGCAGCAGUGGAAGGGCAACCCUCUUCUGUGUUGUCUAACCCAAAGCCUUCGUCGUAGCCAUUCUCCCCUCCACCCCCAGCCCCUUCCGGGAAAACGCCGCACAAGACUCCUUCGCUUCCAAGUGCUUCUCCUCGCUGAGAUCUGUCUGCAGCUCGCUUGGAAUGCCUCUUGCAGGAAACAAGCCACUCAUAACAGGAUGCUUGUUUUGGGUGACAUGGGAGCCAUUCGGAGGGCAGUCGGCGGGCUAUUCCUCGCAAUUUAUAUGUACAUCUUGGAAUACCAAGUCCCCCCUAUGGUCAGCCAUUUGACAGGGUGUUUUAGUUUUGGUAGAUAUUUCUAAAUCACAGGCUUUAUGGGGGUGAUGGAUGCUUUAACUGAUUAUGAUGCAUAUCAGAGCUCUUAUUUUCCCCCACGCUCCCAAGGAACAAAAGUAGCUUUUCAUUUCACUAUAAAAGAUCUGAAUAGCCAACGUGUCUACUGCGUUAUUUCAAACAAGUGUUGUUUACAGUUGGUAGGCCUUGAAAUACGCCAGUUUAGUUAAUUUAUUCCUCAGUUAAAACACAGACGCAGAAUCAUCUGAGAUUGCUUUAGGUGAGUGAUAGUCCUAAAAACACUCCACAUUCAAAUGGCAGCUAUUUGAAAAUUGUGACGGGAUCCCUCAGACCCAAGUGGAAAGGUUAGGUCAAAAUAGCUUAGCUGUGUACGAUAAUGGGAAGUAGACUCUAAGAGGCAUGUAAUAUAAAAAGUGGUCCCAUUGACCUCGGAAGAAGGAAGACCGUUUUAGCAUCCAAAUAAAAAAUAAUAAAAUGCAAUCUUUUGAUCA